GAGCUGUUAGGGAAACGGAUCUAUCUACAAUGUAGUUUAAUACUUCAUCAGUUGAUUGAAACUGGCUAAAUGCCUUUGUUGGGAGCUGGGUGGUUAUCGGGUUAUGUUGUUACAACCUUUGCAGGGCUUUCAAGGGGGCUGAAAUGGACAACAAGCACGAGUUACUUUGCUGCCAGAGUGCUUCGUGCAAGCUCCAGCUGUAAGUUGUUAACUUCAACCUCCUUUAUCAGAUUGCUACUCAGCCACACCGCCACAUAACUAUAUAGAAAUUUUAUUUCUCCUUCUACGCACAUCCACUUGUUGGCAAUACCUGUAGUAUGGAGUGACAGGCAUGCGCAUUGUUUAUUCUAGGAAUUGGCCAAUAGGGCCACUGCCAAAGUCAGCUCCUUCUCAGAUUGUACGCAUGUAUAUAGAGGCUUUUCUUUUCAAGAAAGGGAGCCCAAGGGUUUUGAAACAUUUUUGCAUCACUCGGUUUGAUAUUAAUUUUCCUUUUUGAGCUACACUUUACCAAAGUUUGAUCGCUGAAUUCCUCAGGAAUUCCUCAAGUUCUGAUCCUUUGAUCUAUGUAGUUAUGUUAAUUCCUUUCAAAAUAGCUGUCAUUUUCAAGAGUAACCCAUUUAUUUUCUUAAAUAAGUCUUCUUUACAUAUAAUGUAACCAAAGGUUAUUUAAUUGCUGUUAUAACAGUUAUUUACUAGAACUAAUUUUUUUCCUUGCCUCAUUGGCAUACUGCACUCUUUGUUCCUUUACUUGUUCCCAGACUCUAGGACAUUUCUGAAGGGGGCAAAUCAUUUUUUGGGUGGCCAAAAUUCAAGACAUUUUUUUGACACAUUUGGAAGGUUUAGAAUUGUUAAUUACACUUACAGUGUACCUGGAUUGGGGGGGGGGGGGGGGACCCCUGGGAAUUUUUUGGGGGGGGGUGCUGCCCCGUUCCUCAAAACCUGACCCGGUUUCAAACCAAAAAAUGUAAUUUUCCCCCCCCUUUUCCCGCCCUGGCCUUUAAGCAAAAAUUUUUUUUUCUUUAUUUAUAAGCCCUUUCAGCCCCACCAAAAAAAUUUCAAAUCCAUUUUGAAUUUGCCUUUUUUUUUUUUUUGUUUUCUCUUUUGGUUGUUUAGGACAUUUCUGAAGGGGGCAAAUCAUUUUUUGGGUGGCCAAAAUUCAAGACAUUUUUUUGACACAUUUGGAAGGUUUAGAAUUGUUAAUUACACUUACAGUGUACCUGGGUGGGGGGGGGGGGGUACUCCUGGGAAUUCUUGGUGGGGUUGUGCUGCACCGUUCCUCAAAUCCUGACCCGAUUUCAGACCAAAAAAUGUAAUUUUCCACACCCGUUUCCAGACCUGGCCUUUAAGCAGAAAUUAUGUUAUCAUUACUUAAUAGCCGUUACAGCGCAACCAAAAAAAUUUCAAAUCCAUUUUGAAUUUGCCUGUUUCUCUUUCUUGCUUACUCAUUUGGAAUUGAAAUGAUAAAUACGUUCAUACACUCUGUAGUUCCUUCGAAAACCAUACCCGAUUCCAGACCAAAAUGGGCAGGCAAGGUGUAUAUCCAUUUUCAGACCAAAGAGGCUCAAAAACCCCAACCGAUGGGCAGCACAUAUAUACCUAUACGGCUUAUAUAAGGAAGUACCCUCCCCCCCCCCCGGGGGCAGUAUACAGUGUAUCUAAGGACCAAAAACAGUUUUAAAAAAGUUUGUGUCAUAAUUCUUUAAGCAUAUGCUGUUCACUUUGAAUACUACUACUUGUUUCCUGAUUUCUUUUACUAGCUGGACAGUUAGGUGGUGAAGCUGAUAGAGCAAUAGAAGAUGUAUCAUCAAAGCCACCAAACAUUCUCAUAUACAGUGGCAGCAGUGACAGUCAUAACAAGACAUUCAAUGCUUUAAAACAGACACUUUUGCAAGUUAUUAAUAUACAUAGUUAUGCCAUCUACAAACUCCAUGAGAAACAUGUAAAUACACAUCCAUGGAUGGACAACACCACAUUGUUAGUUCUUGGAAAUAAUGAUUCAAUGUCAGCAUCAGUACAAAAGGACUUCAUCAAGUACCUCACAGGUGGAGGAAAGAUCUUAAGCUUGUGUAGUUCAUUUACAUGUAAUGUCAAGAAGCUUCCUUGGGAUGGCAAAUAUUGCCCCUUUCCUGCUUCAUUUGAAGUUAAUCAUCCAGAAUUUUUUCAAGGAGAGCCACAGAAUCUUUCAGCACUUUGUGAACCUUUUUACUUUGAAGGUGAGUGUUCUGAUUUUAUUACUGACCUAUCACUACUGAUUACAUCGUGUGUAUUGUUCAGUGUACAUGUACAUGUAAGGGUGCAUUCAGUUGCCCACUGGAAAAGGAAUACAACCAGGCAAGUUCAAUGCACAGAAAGAAUUGCCUGGCAACUGCAAAAGUGUUUGACAGAAACAAAAUUUUUGAAUGGUUCACAAGAGGUACAGGUGUAGAACAACAGUGAUCCUUACAGACAAAGAAAAGGGAAAUGCUGCUUCAAAUUGUAGGAUGAAUUGUACUUGUAACCA